AUGAUUAACUUCUAGAUCAAUUUGCUCAAAAAUUUCAUCGGUGGACUUAAACAAGGACAUUCAGAGGUUGGUUCCCCCAGCCUGCACAAUCAUGAUUCAUCUAGGCAUUUUUUUAUUUCUGAUCCUUUAUGGAAGAGGUUUGGCUCAAGACCAAACAUACGUCAUUUCAGCCCCAAAAUUUAUCAGUGUUGGAGCCUCUGAACAAGUAGUAAUUCAAGCCUAUGGAUAUACCCAAGAAUUCUCUGUUACAAUCUCUAUCAAAAGCUAUCCGGAUAAAAAAAUUACUUAUGCCUUUGGGACUGCACAGCUGACCCCAGCUAAUAAUUUCCAAGGGUCUGUAACUUUAACGGUUCAUCCAAAGGAUUUAAGAACCACAGAUCCACAGAAACCAGUAGAAUUUGUAUUUCUUGAGGGGACUUCAGCCCAUUUUACAAGACAGAAGAAAAUGCUCCUUACUUAUGAUAAUGGAUUUUUAUUCAUUCAGACUGACAAGCCUAUUUACACCCCUGAUCAAUCAGUCAAAGUCCGAGUCUACUCCUUGAACGAAGAAUUGAGGCCAGCACGGCGUUCAGCUGUCUUAACUUUUGUGGACCCAGAUGGAGUAGAAGUGGAUAUUAUACAUGAAGAAGAUGCCACAGGAAUUGUCUCGUUUCCUGAAUUCAAAAUUCCUCCAUACCCUAAGUAUGGCACUUGGACGAUUCAAGCCAAGUAUGAGAAAGAAUUCACAACCUCUGCGGCAGCAAAAUUUCAAGUUAAAGAAUACGCAAUGCCAAGGUUUUCUGUCGAAAUUAUUCCAGAAAGCAGCUUUAUUAGCUCAAAGCAUUUUGAACGUUUCAAGAUUGCUAUCCAUGCUCGGUAUUUUUACAAGAAGAAAUUGAGUGAAGCAGAGGUUUAUGUCCGUUUUGGAAUCAUUGAAGGAACGACAAAAACGAUGUUACCCAAAUCAUUGCGUCUCGUUGAGAUGGAGGAUGGCGUUGCAGAGCUUUAUUUGAAUAGCGAACUAGCUAUCCGUGAAAUGGGAUACACAGACCUCGCAGAUGUUGAUGGUGCCACACUUUAUAUUGCCGCUUCGGUACUGGAAACAAGAGGUGGCCACAGUGAGGAAAGUGAAUUAACAACUAUUAAAUAUUCCUUGUCUCCUUACAAGUUGGAUUUGAUUGCCACUCCUCUUUUUGUGAAGCCUGGGCUUCCUUAUUUUAUUAAGGUGCGGGUGAGAGAUGCAUUGGGUGAAUUGAUUGGAAAUGUGCCAGUUGUUCUUACUGCUACUGCCUUGAAUGACCAAAUGAAGGAGACCAAAUUAAUUCCAGAAGGCUCAGAGUCUGGGCGCAGCAUAACAAGUCCAAAUGAUGGAACAAGUAUAUUUUCAGUUAACGUUCCUCCUAACAGCAAAAUAUUGGAGUUCAAAGUAACAACGGCAGAUACUUUUUUACUAGAAGAGAGCCAGGCCAGUGAAACCUAUGAGGCAAAAUCCUAUUUUUCUCUCAGUGGAAGCUAUCUAUAUAUUAACUGGGCUUCAGACCACAGAGUUCUACAGGUUGGAGAGAGUGUGCAGAUCAAAGUACACCCAGCAAGCCACUACAUUGAUAAAAUACUUCACUACAGCUAUCUGAUCACAUCCAAAGGGAAAAUAGUAAAAUAUGGGAUUCAGGAGAAGAUCAAAGACUUCUCUUAUCAAAGUCUGACACUGCAUAUAACUAAAGAGAUGGUUCCUUCAGCCCGUCUUCUUGUCUAUUACAUAGUUACAGGAGAAGGAACUGCAGAGUUGGUGGCUGAUUCAGUCUGGUUAAAUGUACAACAAAAAUGUGGGAACAGCCUUGAAGUCAACAUCCUGAAAAAUGGAAGAUCUUACCAACCUGGAGAAGCUGUGUCACUUUCCAUGACAUCUGAGUUUGAGUCUCUUGUUGCUCUGUCAGCCAUGGACAAAGCAAUUUAUGGAGUUGCAGGAACAAAACAGAAAUCUAUGGAAAAAGCUCUUCUUAAACUGGAAAAAAGUGACCUUGGCUGUGGGGCUGGGGGAGGAGAAAACAACGUGGAUGUGUUCCGGAUGGCCGGCCUCACCUUUCUCACCAAUGCCAAUGCCGAUGACUCCAGAGAAAAAGAUGAAGCUUGCACGGCGAUCAUCAGAGCAGCCCGCGCCAUCAGCAAUGAAGUUGCAAAACUAGUUGGCCAGUAUAAAUCGCCGGAACUUCAGAAGUGCUGUCGGUUUGGAGCAGAACCUUACCCCUUCCCGCAGACGUGCCAACAGAGAAUCAGCCGUAUUAAGGGUUCGCCGAGAUGCAUUCAUGUUUUCCGGACUUGCUGCGAACAUGCAUUUAAGAUGAGACUUAAUGAAACACACAAACAUUUAUUACUGGCAAGGAAUGCCUUCAAUGCUCUGUUAGAUGUGGCUCCACAGGUCCGAAGUUUUUUCCCAGAAAGCUGGCUUUGGGAAGUCCAUCCAGUUCAACGCUUCAAGACCCUUCCUGUCACCUUGCCUGAUUCUCUCACUACCUGGGAAAUACAAGGUGUUAGCAUUUCUGAUCAAGGAAUCUGUGUGGCUGAUACACUAGAAGUGCAAGUCAUAAAAGAUAUCUUCCUGAACGUCCAUAUUCCUUACUCUGUUGUCCGUGGAGAGCAAAUAGAAUUAAAAGCAACCAUUUACAAUUAUAAAAGAUCAGCAGCCAAGUUUUGCCUGAAGAUCAGUGUGCAAAAGGGGAUCUGCCUCUUUGGAUCUUCCGUCACCCAAAAGGAUGGUUCACAGGGAAACACCUGUUCUCGCCUGAAGGAUAUCCAGAGCACUUCUAUUGUCGUAGAAACAUUUAAGGUUCUUCCUCUUGAGUUGGGCCUCCUCAGCGUCAACUUCACGCUUCAGAGCAACAUAGGCCGUGAAAUUCUCGUGAAGGCAUUAAGAGUUGUGCCUGAAGGUAUUCGAAAGGAAAUUUAUGAAGGUCACGUGCUGGAUCCACAAGGUGUUUAUGGCACAGUGGUGAGGCAGCAAGAGUUUUAUCACAGGGUACCAGCCUACAUUGUCCCCAAGACAAGAUUCGAAAAGAUUCUCAGUGUGAAAGGAAUCCUUCUGGGUGAAGUGAUCAAUGCUGCUGUUAAACCAGAUGCGCUGAAAUUACUUGCUGACCUCCCCCGAGGGAGUGCAGAAACAGAAUUGAUGAACAUUGUCCCAGUGUUUUAUGUGUAUGAUUACCUGGAAAGGACAAAGUCCUGGGACAUCUUUGGCGAGGGAAGUCUCAAACCCCAAAUUACCAUGUCAAGGAAGAUGAAACAAGGAGUCAUCAGUGUCCUGUCUUUUCAAAAGCCAGACUUCUCUUACAGCAUGUGGAAGGAUGGAGAAGCCAGUACGUGGCUUACAGCGUUCGCCCUAAGGAUUUUUGGACAAGUUCGGCGAUAUGUGCCUCAUCAAUUAACUUCGGUGUGUGACUCUCUGAGAUGGAUGAUUGAUAUCUGUCAAAUGGAUGAUGGAUCUUUCAGGGAAGUCUCAGAUUACAAGCCAGUAACGCUACAGGGGACAUUACGUGAUCAGCAGAAAGAAAACAGUCUGUAUCUCACAGCCUUCUCCUUGAUUGCCUUUGAAAAAAACAGGGACCCGUGCCCCUUCCAGAAAUAUGAAGAUGCUAAAAACAGAGCUGUCACUUAUUUGUUGGAAAACAUCGAAUCCUCACAGAACACCUUUGUCUUGGCCAUAGUGACCUAUGCACUAACUCUAGCAAAGGUCAACCAGCCUGCCGCUCAUUCAGCCUACACUCGGUUAAAAAAUGAAGCACUGGUGAAAGAGAACCCCCAAAUGUACCGUUUCUGGAAAGAGACUCCCAUCAAAUUUGAUGCAAGCAUUCCUUCUGAGAGUAACGCCAAGAUGGUUGAAACCACUGCCUAUGCCUUGCUUUCCAUUUUGCUGAAAGGAGAUCAAAAUUAUGCCAAUCCAGUCAUGAGAUGGUUGACAGAAGAGCAGAGAUUUGGGGGUGGAUUUUAUUCUACACAGGAUACUGUUAGUGCUUUGGAAUGCCUGACAGAAUAUUCCAUCCUCAUUAAACGGCUUUCUCUGGACAUCAACGUCAAAGCGGCUUACAAGUUUCACGGGGAUUUUCAGGAGUACAAGCUCACAAGAAGCAAUUACAUUGGCAGGGCUGUGGAAGCUCCCUUGAAUGAAGGUAUAGGAGUACGCACAGGGAGCAACACUGGAUUAGCAUUCGUGAAUCUGAGGAGCGUAUAUUAUAAGAGCACUGUCUCUGAGGAUGCUUGUGACUUCCAGCUGAAGAUUGAUGUCACACGAGAUGAAAAGAAGUACUACCUGCUCUUCAACGAAGUCCGACUGUUGGUCGCCUGUGCAAAGUACAAACCUCGUAAGAGGACACCACAAUUUUCUUCUCCCCAUGCAGUGAUAGAUAUCUCUAUUCCCAGUGGGCUGGAAGCAAAUACAGAGGACCUGUCUGUUCUUUCAAAUAAUGUUGACCAGCUGAUUUCAGGAUAUGAAAUAACACCAGAUGGACACGUGGUAAUGCAGGUAGAUUCGAUUCCCGGAAAUAAUUUCCUGUGCGUUGGUUUCCGAAUGACUGAAAUUUACCGGGUUGGAAUGCCAAGUCCAGGAACCUUCUCUGUGUAUGACUAUCACAACCCUGAUAAACGAUGCACGAUCUUUUAUAAUGCUUAUGGAGAAGAGUCACUUGUUAAACUAUGUGAAGGCAGUGAAUGCAAAUGUAUGGAAGUGGAAUGUGGACAUAUGCAGCCCAGACUGGACAACUCUAUAACUUUUGAUACCCGGAAAGAGGCAGCUUGCCAGGAGAACAUUGCCUAUGUGUACAAAGUGAUUAUCAAAUCCUCCAAAGAAGAAGGAAGCUUUGUUAAAUACAAUGCAGUCCUUCUGGAACCCUAUAAACUAGGGGUGACUUUUGCCAAGAAGAAUGCCGAAAUCAUCUUUGUUAAAAAGAGCUCCUGUACGACUAUUCAGUUCAAUCCAGAGGAGAAUUACUUGAUCAUGGGAAAAGAGGCCUUGAAGACAGGAGAGGGCGCCCUUGCCAAAUACCAGUAUCCUUUGGAUGACAUGACAUGGAUUGAGUGGUGGCCUUCCUCAGAUACAGCAUGUGAUGGUUGCCAAGACUUUAGACAAUCAUUGGAUGAAUUUGGCGAUGAUCUCUUUAUCAGUGGUUGUUAAACGGUUGAAAAGUCCCGCAAAAGGUCUUAGGCUUCCUGAAAUCGGCAUUUUUGACAAUUUGUUAUGGACGUCCAUGGGGAUCUUAGGCACAUAGGAAUAUGAUCAUGCUUUAGCUUAUCCUAAACCUCCCUUUCUGCAUUGGCAGGCAGAGAACAUAUACCUCAAAGGGUUUGUUUUCUUUUUUCAUUCCCAGAUCCCUUUUUCUUUCCCAUUUGUUUGUUCUCUGCUUUCAUUCCAAGUUUGGGGCACUUAGAUGAAAUAGGUGCAGGAGGUGAGGAAGAGAUCAGAAGGCAGGAAGAACGGGUACGCCUCAAAAAAGUGGUACCUAGAAACUGUGUAUAUCGUAUUAGACACUGUAUUGACCAAAUGGAGAUUUGGAAGACGAGAAACCAACCCCAAACUCACCUUUCUGUUUUGUUUUGUUUUGUUUUGUCACCAGUUUCAAAUAAAAGUUAAGAUAUUUCA